AUGCUUCCCAAUUUUGUCCGAUCCUCCUUGGCCCUUCUGUUCUCCGUUUAUGCUCUCGCGGCCAAGCAGUGCUUUGCCCCUGAUGGAUCCAUUAUCAGCGACCAAAUAUAUCAGCCCUGCAUUCAGAUUGACGGGGUAGAAUCAAUGUGCUGUAAUCUCAACAGCACCACACCAGAUACAUGUCUUCCGAAUGGGUUAUGCUUAACCAGCCCGGCCAGCAUUUACCCCAGUACCCACUGGCGGGUGUUCUGUACAGAUCAGAACUGGAAUAGUCCGAACUGUUUAAACAACACAAUCUGUGAUGCUGCGCAUGCAGGAAAUUCCAAUUGGACUGCCCGUGUUUCCAAAUGUACAGACGGAACAUAUUGCUGUGGUCCGGAUCAGAAGUGCUGUUCCACGAAUACCUUCGCUCUCCAACCCACCCUGGUCGCGAUUGGAAAUACAUCAGACAAUAAGACCCACAUGCCCGAGUCGACGUCUACAAAGGUCGCCAUUGGAGUGGGAAUAGGAAUUCCAAUGGGGGUUCUGUCGGUUGCCACACUCGUGCUAGGCUACUGUUGGGGCAAAAAGAAGGCAGAAGCGCGGUACCAGUCCAUCCAGCAUGAUGCACAUGCACUACCACACAUUGAUACCACAAAACCGACACCAGUGUAUGAGGUGUCUGCUGUUCCGCGACGGCCGGCUGAGCUCUCUAGUUGA